AUGGAGGGUGUUCAGACCGUUGAUGUGAGCUGGCUGCAUCAUUCGCAGAAAGGCAAGUCCCACUUUCCAUCCUCGGCACUUUCUGCGGCUCCGUAUCAUUUAUCUCGCACCAAAUCUGUAUCAUCGGGCGAUAAGUCACGUUCCGAUAACGAACCCCCGGCUUCCAAAUCCAAGUCGCACCGGAGAUCUCGUUCCAGCAGUAGCCCUGCUAAGCCGACACCACCUGCCGCCACCCCAGAACCGAAACAAGUCCCCAAGGAUGAUCCUGCGCCAGUAGAACCCAAGCAAACACCCGUUGAGAAGCCUACAGAGAAGCCCGAGGAGUCAAAACCAUCUACUCCGUCUUCGGCCUCCCGGAAGUCAGACCCAAAGCCGAUCGGACGACGAAACUCCUGGAUAUCUAGCUUGAGCUCGAAGUUCUCGUCUGGGUCAACGCCCCCAUCGCAAUCCAGUCUCAAAGCAAGCCCCGCAAGUCCGAAAACAACUACUCCCCUCGAUACACACAAUCCGUUUGGCGCGGCCUACUCCCCAAAGGACAAGGAAGAAGAGAAGAAAGACGAGAAUAACCCUUUUACGUCGUCAUCGCCGAAGAGUCCGUCUUUUAUUCAUAAUGCAUUGCGCAAAUUCUCGUCCAAUUCCGGUGGAUUGCCAAAGUUGAAUCCGAAUGACUCGAUCUGCCCUCGUCGGGUGAUGAACAUCGACCAAAAUCGGCACCGAUGUAAGGUCCCCGACUUGAAGCAGGCGAAGCUGAAUCGGGUGGCAUUCUGCGUGGAUGUGGAGAUCGCGGGUAUCUCUCAUUUAGACGAUGACGAGGAGGCCCCUCCGACGAACCAAUUGAGACAACCGCUGCCAGAGUCCAACAGCCACAAAAUGAAGAAGGCGGAUCUCAAAAACAAAGAUCACGAAGAAGCCGACGCUCUGAAGCGACCACAAGCUACAUUAGCGGAAAAAGAUAGCCCUACUGCGCCCGCUCCCGUUAAAGCCACCGAGGACAAAAGCCAACCUGCAUCUUCCCAACCACAAGAGAAAACAUCCGGUACUUCUCCUCCCAACAGAGAACCGGCUGAUCCAUCAAGAAAGCAGGAGAAGAAGAAGCGCUCUGAGGCAGAGCGCAAAGAACGGAAAGAGAGGAAGCGCAGACAAGCAGUGGCAAACGGCUCAGUACCAUUGCAGCUUGAUGGGAAUGACGAUGAAGAAUAUUCGCGGGCGCCAGCUUCAAGUGUUUCAUCUCGAUCUAAACCGCAAAGUCACCCUACAACCGACCCAGUGCGCAUCUAUCGCCGUUGCUGCCAACUUCGCGAGACUCCUGUUCUGAAGAGAGUGGUGGAUGAGAUUUCCAAGCCUUCGUCCACACUGGCCGAGUCUCCUGGAACAGUAGCAGCUCUCGAUUUGAGUAACUUCCCAAUGACACCGCAGGACUUGACAACCUUCAGCGACUGGCUCGCAGUUGUCCCAGUUCGCAAACUCAUUCUCGAAAAUUGCGCCUUGACUGACCAGUCCGUGCGAUCGAUCCUCGCAGGCCUGCUAUCGACCAAGACGGUGGAACAGAUGCGCUACAGACGCAGAAGAUCGAGAAGGCCUGAGUCAUCAAGUGUUGAUGACCAUGAGAGAUACGGCGUUGUCGAGAAGUUGUCUUUAAAGGAUAAUCCAAAGAUUGGACGAGAGGGAUGGCGCCAUAUCAGCCUUUUCAUCCACUUGUCCAAGCCGCUGAAAGCUAUCGAUCUUUCCGGCAUACCUUUCCCCCAGGGCCAGAUUGCGAUCGAUACGCCCCAAGACCCUGCAGCCAAACCGCAGACAGUGACUGCAGACGUGAGCAUUGUCUUUGCCAGUGCUUUGGCGGAGCGCUUUGGUGGAGAUCACCUCGAAGAGCUGCUCAUGAGUGAGUGCAACCCCUCAGUCGAAGCUGUCAAGCAAAUUUGCCGGGCGAGCACGAAGAUGGGUCUGCGCAGACUUGGCUUUGCGAGCAACGGUCUGACAAGAGAAGGACUGGAACAUGUGGUGGAGUACCUUAAGGCUGGUCAAUGUGAAGGUUUAGAUCUGGGUGGCAAUGCCAUUAAGGAUCAUCUUGACCUUGUGAUUAAGGUACUCGAACCAGAGAUCCCACUUUACGCACUGAGUCUGGCAGACUGCUCUCUCAACCCGACAGUCAUCUGCACAUUGCUCCAAUCUCUUGCUCAGAUCCACAACCUCCGCUUCAUUGAUUUCUCCCAUAACCGGGAGCUCUUCACCGCGCAACCUAAUGCACUCGGCGCGUUCCGCCGCUUCUUGCCCAAGAUGCCAUCGCUGAAGCGUUUCCAUCUUGCCGAUGUCAACUUGACACCUGAUCAUGUGAUUGGCCUUGCUGAAGUACUCCCCGAGUGCCCCAGUCUCUGCCACCUGAACAUUUUGGAAAACAAGCAGAUUGUUGAGCUGGCAUCUACGACCGACCCCGUUGCUCAAGAAGAGGCGUGUGCGGUCUACGCAUCUAUGAUGGCGGCCGUUCGUGUAUCGCGGACCAUCAUCGCAGUCGAUAUCGAUGUCCCCAGCGCCGAAAACAAUGAGGUCGUCAAGGCACUGGCGUCUCAGAUUGUGGCUUACUCGCUUCGAAACCUCGAAGGUGGUGCCAUUGCCGAAGAACUAUCCGACUCCAUCGUACCCCUUGGAACCAAGGAUGUUCCAGUGCCCGAAAUCUUGCAGCACAUUGUCGGAACCGCUCCGCACGAAGAGCAAUGCGAUGAUGAGGACGAAGCGGCUCCAGAUGAGGAUUAUGUGAUCAGUGGCACGGGCGUGGUCAAGGCAUUGGGCGUUUGCCUUGGAAACCUCGACCACCACGGACUUGAAGCCCUUGGAGAGAGCUCCAUGCCACCUAGUGGUACCACAACACCUAGGCGCCGCAAGUCUCGAAGUGUCGUCAGCAAAAGGCCCCGAGACAUGUCAAAGGAUCUCCUUGAAUCUGCACGGAAUAUCAGAACUCGGAUUCAGACAGCUCUCAUUCGCGAAGAUCGUGCUGGUAACGAUGCGAACUAUCGCCGACUGCAGUUCCUGGACAUUACCCUUCACAGGAUGAUCCAACGCUUCGAGGACGAAUACCCCGAGACCCGUAUUCUCCCACAAGCUGAAUCAACACCCUCUAUUCCGGCCCCCGAUACCAGUUCCCAACACUCAGGGGAAGAUGGAGCCGGCUCUGUCAAUGCUGGUAACAUGACCAGCAGCCAAAUCAUCGAUGAGAACGGUGCCGAUGAAGAAGAUGUUGAAUAUGACGAUCGCCUUUCUCGCGCCAGCUCUAUGACCUCUCUCCACGCUCGCGCUAUGACCUCCCAAGAGGGCCACAUCCACCGCAUUGGCCAGAAUCUCCGUCGUGACUUCCUCAAACCGUCACUUGUCCCUGAUGACAACGAUGAAGACCUUGACAACGAAGACAGCUCGCAUAUCACCGCUCUCAGACAGAAACUGGAGCGUCUCCACGAUGAGCAAUCCCUAUCUCAAUUCGACAACUUCGAUAGUGAUAGAGCCUUCGACCAACUCGGAACAACCGUCGAUGAACUGUGGGCCGCACAGCAACAAGACGCCGAAGGCUUCGAGCGCUUCAAGCAGUCUCAAAUCGCUGCCCAGUUCAACAGCGGUCUUCGUUCCAGAGGAAAUACAGAGCCCAGGAAGGACUCUGACGAAUCAGAGACCAAAUCCUAG